UGUUCACUUACUGCUCUGCUUGUACUGAGAAUCAAGGCAUGAUAUAAUUGCCUUGUGUUGUUGUUUUUGCUGCUGUAAUAUAAAAUCCAUGGCAUGUACAUAUGCUGCCAGUUGUUGUCAGCUUGUUUACCGGAUGAAUAGAGAAGUACAGAAAAAAAAAUUCAUAUUGGAUCUGCGAGUGCGUUGUCUAUUGCGUUUUUUUUGUUGGGUGGUAUGGGGAGGUUCUCUUUUUUAUAUUCUCUCUCCCCGCAUUUUAGGCAUGUGGUGAGUGGUGAUUAGGUGCGAUGUCGCUGGUUGUCUCUCAUUUACUGUUUAGUUUGUUGGCAGCGGUGAGCGCGUUAAAUACAUACAAUUGACGAAAGCGGCGCGGCGGUCCGAAACGAAUUGAAGAAGAUAUUCUCGAAAUAAUACUAAAGAUUUUUGUGUGCGCAUUGUUUUUGUUGUUGUUUAUUAAUUGCGAUUUUUGCAAGCAAAGAAAAAGUUUUGGCGAAACACAAAAAAAAAAGAGGAAAAUAUAUAUUUUACCCCCAAAAAGAAUACAAAUUUAUAUGUAUUUUGUUGUUUUUAAAAGAGCAAAACAAUUAAUAGAAAAAUCAAUUUAAUUUUCGUUGGCAUCAAAUGUUUGACAAAAAAUAAUUCUGGAGGCCACCAACAGCAUCAAGAAACGUUAAACAAAAGAGAAAAAAAAAUUAAAAUAAAAAGUUUAAAAACCAUAAAAGAAUUGCGACCAAUUCAAUGUCCAAUUGUAAAGAUUUCUUCUUUGACAAUUUGAGACAUCGCGAGCAGCAACAACAACAACAACAUUAAGCAGACUGGCCAGCUGAAAAUAAACCCCCCUUAGCCAAGGAGUGCAACGAACCCUUAGAAAUCCAAACUAACCAAACCAAAAAUCCCCCUUCGUUUGACAUCCACCAGCAAGGCUAUAACUGACUAAAUACUGGCGCGUCGUCUAAUAUUACACACGUUGUCGCGGCUCAGUUUUCCCUUCUUAGUUUUCCGUGGCUUAAUAUAAGCAAACAACAACAACAAAUACCAGCAAGCAUUGCUCAUACCAAAUGACGAAUUUUUGUUUUUGUAAAUGAAAAAAAAAUUGCUGCCUUUUAGUUUGAAAGGGACUCGCCUUUGUUGUUCGAACACAACAACCAACCUAAAGACCAAACAACCACCCACCUACAAAGUAAACGGAGAGAGAGAGAGAGUACUGUAUAAACUACCCACCACCACCAUCAACGAAGAACGUCACCACUCCACAAUCAGAUUCAAAAUUCUUUGCGAAUAAAAGGGGAGGAUAGAAUCCAACUGUAGUUGACUGCGAUUGUUGCAUGCCCAACUUUGGAAGACUGUCAAAGGAUUACAAAAAAAGAAACAACUACCAAAAACAACAACAAAAACAGAAUCCCCCUUAAAAUUCAUUGGAAAAUCCCCAAAAAAAAUAACAAAUAUUGUGAAAUACUCACAUAUGAAAAAAGAAGUUAUCAGGGAUCAAAGAACCAACCACCUUCCAAGAAAUCAUUAGCAACGAAUUUCUUAAAAUACUUUUUUGGCUACACUCCCCCCAUACAAGAACAGCAUCAAGACGGCUUCACUCACCUCCAACACUUUGUCUACGAGCAAUUUUCGACAGAAAUUCGAGGAUUUGUUAAAUUUUGUGAAAUAUGAUUUAAAGAAACCCACACAAAAUCCUCACUCUUCGUGCGCUGCCACCUUUCCCAGGCGUCGCAAAGAUCAUCAUCGUAAUAAUCGUUGUCAUCAAGUUGAAGCUACCGCUCGACUCAACAGUCGAUUACAGCCAGGGCCAGGAAAACUUUUUCAAAUGAAUUUCUCUAAUAACUCAUAUACAUGCUCAACAAAAUCCAACAAAAAGAUUGCUGUAAAAGUCCUAAAAAGCCCACAAAAUCCUACAUAUCAAGCAAAUGCUCAGGAAUUUCAUGUCUUUCAACCAAACGCUGCGGUGGAACAACAACAAAAAGCCUUAAUGCCACCCCUGGAUCAUGCCACUCAUAUCAUAAGUCAUCAGCAUCAUUGCAAGCAUCAUCACAAGCAUCAUUUGCCGCAACAGCCGCAAUCAUUGCCGCUCUAUCAGCAUCAGCAAUAUAAUGCGCAUGCGUAUAAUCCGCAGCAGACGUCUCAUCAACAUUAUCACAGUCAACAUUAUCAGCAUGCAGCGGCCGCAGCUCAAUUGCAACAGCAAAAGCAACAGCUGCAACAAGAGUUGCAGCAACAUUUCCAUUUUCAUCAUGACUAUGCGGCAAAUAAUCAAAAUAAUUUCCUCUACUAUGACAAAAAGCCACCAGCCCCACCAUCGUCGAUGGCUUCACCGCUGAGUGCCACCACACCCACAAAUACGCCAUCGCACAAGACCUGCCAUUCAUCGCCUCAGUCGCCGAAACAUCAUGCACCUGCGAAAUGUUUGACCCAGCGGCAGUCAUCCACACCAUGUUGCAUUGCCACACCCACCAGCACACCGGAUCGCAUGCCCAAAACGCCCACCUCCUCGCUAACGAAAGCCAAGAAAUGGCGUCGUCCCUUUAGCUCUUAUCAUUCCUGUGACGAUUUGGAUACGGCCAAUAAUGUCACGAAUUUGAAUAAAUCCAAAUCGGAUCAUCAGCAUUCGAAUGAGAAAAUGGUAGUGGCCAGUCUAAAGUAUUUGUGUGCCUGCACUGGUGCAACUUUGAGAAAUUUAUCCAAGAAAACCAAAGAUUUGCAUAAGAAAAAUUGCUAUUCAUAUGUGAAGCCCACGUGGCGAGUAUGGGGUGAGGAAAAGGAUACCGAUAUCAUUUAUACAGUAUACCUGAAAAAGGUGUGCUACCAUCGACCCACACCUUCAGCAGCCAAUCCCGAUUCCGAAGAUGACAUCUCCUAUCUGGAAUGGGAAAUGGUCAGAGUGCGCUUUGUCAAGGCGGCCACUUUGGAGCGCCUUGUCGAAGCCCUGGCCACGGAUGAUGGCGAGCUGGAGUCUACAUUCAUCAAUGUUUUCCUCAACACUUAUCGUACCUUCUCCAGCUCCAAAGAAGUCCUCGGCUUGUUCAUCAAACGCUUCAAUGCCUUAACCGAGCGUCAACGCAUCGAGGAUAUAAAACACAAAGAUGAUGUGGACUAUGAUCCCAGCUCGACCAUACAUGAACAGCACAAGAAAACUCUAGUCUCAGUGUGGAAAAUGUGGCUGAAUGGAUUUCCCGAAGAUUGGAAUGAGGAAAAUCUUCGCUAUCUCAUCUCCUUUACCAGCAAACAUUUGUCAAAUUCCGAUCUUCACACCAGAGCCUUAAAUCAACUGGAAAUGUUGCUGCGUCAGCAGGUGUAUAGUAAAAAGAAUUUAGCCCCCUGGUUGGGUGAUCAAUUUGCCGACUUAUAUUUGGCGCCAGAGUUUCAGAGGAGGGCGUGCUUUCUGGAAACUUAUAGGUUUCCCCGUAUCGAUGUGCGACAUUUUGCCGAACAAUUGACGCGAAUGGAUUGUGAUUUGUUCAAGAAGGUGAUAUCACAUCAGUGUCUGGGAGCCACUUGGUCGCGAAGGUCACAGGGUUGUUGUGAGACAGUGGUGGCCACAGUGACCCAGUUCAAUGAGGUAUUAUAUCGAGUCAUAACGAGUAUUUUGAUAGAGAGAGCCCUGGAACCUCAGGAAAGAGCCGUGUAUAUAGCUGUGUGGAUUGAUAUAGCUCAGGAGCUGAGGCUACUUAAGAAUUUCUCUUCUCUAAAAGCCAUUGUCACUGGUCUGAAUUCAUCUGCUAUUUAUCGUUUAAGUAAAAUAUGGGGUGUCUUGCCAAAGGAAAAGUUGGAAAUUUUCCAAGAACUAGCCCGCAUUUGUUCUGAAGAUAACAAUGCAUCUGUUCAAAGAGAGCUGCUGAUACGAGAGGGUACAGCGAAAUUCGCCGAAACUGUUGGCGAAAAUGAUCGCCAUAUGCAAAAAAUUAUACAAAAACAGAGUACGCACACUUCCCAUGGCACCAUUCCCUAUUUGGGUACCUUUCUCACCGAUUUGACCAUGAUUCAUCAAGCCAAUCCCGAUACGGUGGGCGAGGAUAAUCUCAUUAAUUUUGAAAAGAAACGCAAAGAGUUUGAAGUCUUGGCUAAAAUCAAACUGUUGCAAGGAGCAGCCAACACCUACAGCCUGGAAGAGGACCCCUUAUUCAAUCGUUGGUUUUACUCAAUGCCUGUGCUGACGGAGGAGGAUGCCCACACUUUGUCGUAUCAAUUGGAAGCACCUCCUCCAACAGCACCCAGGAAGAGUAACACCUCCUCGAAUAUGUCCUCGGCGAAUUCCUCUAUAUUGGGCCAUCGAAAAACCGAUUCAAUAGCUUCCAACUCAAGCAGUGGAGCAGGUUCACAGUUCUAUUGUGAAAUUAGUUCCCACAACAGCUCUAGGCAUAAUUCCUUGGAUAGGGAGGCCCACAACAAUCACAUGUCAGCUACAAGUAGUGUUUCGAAUUUAUCAUUGGAUUCCAGUAACUCAGGAGGGGGCUUGAAUAAACCCAAAAUGAUUCAUUCGCAAAGUUCCAAUGGUUUACUGCGUAGCACUCAUGGUUCGACGAGUGGCUCUCAAACACCCACCCAUGUAGGCUCACCUCUGAUUAAUGCCCAAGUUGUGAAUUCACCAGGAGCUAAUGCCGAUUUUUAUAUAGUGAAAAUUACUUUGGAAUCUGAAACCAUGCCCCAGGAUGGCAUAGUGGUCUACAAGAGUAUGAUGGUGAAGAAUAAUGAAAGAACGCCACAGGUGAUACGCAAUGCCUUAAUGAAACUGGGCAUAGAAGAUGAGGCUGAUAAUUACACUUUGGCCCAAAGAUUGCCCGACAAGGAUGUUGACUUGCCACGCAAUGCCAAUGUUUUCUAUGCCGUAGUGGUGAAUAAGAAUUUCGAAUUGAGAUUUAUACUUAAACCCAAUGGAGAACGUCUGACCAAUGGAGGUAGUGGAGUCGUCGGCGGCGGUGGUAGCAGUGGAAGCCGAAGUAGUCGUAGCAGCAAUAGCUAAUGGUUAACAAAGACUCUGUAAGAACAGGGUCUCGAUUUUUGGCUUGUUUUGAAUGUAUUAAUACUACUGUAGGACAACAAGUGCAACUGAGGGUUUAAGUAAGCGCAGAGCGUUUUUUGUAACUUGGUUGAAACCAUAAAAUAGGUGCUGCUCGCAACAUUUGUAAAUGGAACACACAAUUUUUUUUUUGACGAGGUGUAGCUGGAGUCAGAGGUAACCGAAGGAUAUUAAGCGAAACCUUAGCCACGAUACGAUAUUAAGUAAAGUAAACACUGACAUUUUGAAAGAAUGUUGAAAUGGAAUGGAGAUAAGGGGAGGAGAAAGAAGAGAAUGUAAAGAAGGAAGAGGAAGGAUUAUUGGCAGACAAAUUUGUAUUUCGAAAUGACCAAAUCAAUGGCAGAAUUGGAACUAAAUUGGAGAGGUUUAGUUUUGUUUAUGAUUUUGCACACAUGGUAGAGACAAACUUUCGUGAUAUCAACGACAAAACAUAGAACACUGCACGCAUCAAUGAAAUGAACUACAAUAAAAUCAAGGCCCUUUCUGUAUUCUAAAAAAAAAAAUCCCUUACAUCCAUAUCAAUUUGUAUAUGUGUGUUUUUAAUUUAUACAUUUCCUAGCAAAAAUAAUAAUAAAAAAAAUCUGACACAUUUUAAUUUUA